CCCAACGGCCCAGCUUCAGUUAGCAGAGGCGACCCAAACAAUACGCACGAUGAGCGAGCCCAGAGAAUCCGGCGAUCCGAAGCCUCCCAAGACUGCCGAGCACCAAAAAGAUCCUCCCCAAAAAGAGGCAGCAGCUGAUUUCGAGGCAGCCAUCGAUGCCGCUGGCUUUGGAAUGUUCAACAUUCUCCUGCUGGUGGCCGCCGUGCCAGCGGCCAUGGGCACCGUCUACGAGACCUCCACGAUGUCCUACAUCCUGCCCAGCGCCGAGUGUGAUCUUAAGCUGAGCCUCCUGGACAAGGGCAUCCUGAAUGCCAUCACCUAUGCGGGCAUGAUCAGCUCGGCGGUGCUGUGGGGCUACUUGGCCGACACCAAGGGCAGAAGGAACCUCCUGAUUGUGGGCUAUGCCGCCGAUACGAUAUGCGUUUUGGGCGGAGCAUUCAGCCAAAGUAGGAUCCAGCUGAUGGUUUUUAAAUACCUUGGAGGCUUUUGUAUGAGUGGCCCCUUUGCCGUUCUUAUGACCUAUCUGACGGAACUCCAUGGACGGAAGCAUCGACAGCGUAUCAUGAUGAUUGUGGGCAUCAUGUUUUCCAUUGCAACGCUAACGCUACCGGGACUGGCCAUGGUGAUAUUGCCCGAGACGUGGAACAUUCGUAUCUGGACUUUGUCGUUGACAUCCUGGCAGUUUUUCGUCGCCAUCACCGCACUUCCCAGUCUUCUGAGCUUUGUGCUUUUCUUUUUCUUCCCGGAGAGUCCCAAGUUUCUCAUGUCCAAGGGGCGCAAUAGGGAAGCGCUGGAUGCCUUCAAGUUCAUGUAUCACCUGAACUCGAGGAAGCCAAAGGACUCGUUUCCAAUCAAAUUGCUGGCCAAUGAAGUUAUCGUUCCGGUGAAAAAGCACGCGAAGAAGGAAACAAUUCCGACUGAGGUUAAGCUUCCGACGGAGGGUGUCGAAGUUCAGGAUCCAGAGAAUCAGGAUUCGAAAAAGAGCUCUCUGCGUUCGGGUUUCACGCAGCUUCGUCCCCUUUUCACCAAACCCUACUUGGGCCUGUCCCUUUGGGUGUAUCUCCUCAACUUCUGCGUGCUCUUGGGACAAAACACCAUGCGAUUGUGGCUGCCACAACUGUUUGCAUCCAUUAACGAGUACGAAAACUUGAUGAGCGGAGAAUCCCAAUCGACGAGCAUCUGCAACAUCUUGGAGUACAGUGUUAAUCGUACCCAAAUCCAGCUGGAGGCAGUAAGUCUGAAUGAUCCCACGGUUGAGUGCCGUGUGAAUAUAACAGCCUCCACCUACACCAACAAUCUGAUUGUGGCCGGUGCGGGCUUAGUGGCAUACAUGCUGGCUGGGUUCCUCGUAAACUUGGUUGGCGUCAAGCUUAUUAUGACCAGUGGACUCCUUGUAGCGGGCGGCUGUUCCAUUGGGAUGUACUGGUCCAGCUCAGCAGCAUCCACGGUCGCACUUGCUUCGCUUUUUGUGACCAUGGGCAGCAUAUCGGCCACUUCAGUGAUCAGCGCCUCAGUCAGCCUCUUUCCCACCUCACUCAGGACGAUGAUUGUCUCGCUGGAAAUGAUGUUCGGCCGUCUGGGAUCUCUGUUAGGCAACAUUUUCUUCCCGGCUUUGAUGGGACUGGGCUGUGUUCCGCCGUUCCUCAUGAUCAGUGCAUUCAUGCUGGCUGGGUGCUUUAUGGCCGCAUUCCUGCCGCUGAAGAACAAGGCUGCUCUCAAGUGAGCUCCUUUGGACUGGACCGCCAGAGGAUUCCAGUUCGGUUCCAUUCCACCGCUGUACAUAGUGUAUUUAACUUAUUUCUUAGCUUAGUUGAUUGCUAACGCGGAAUAAGCGUCCUUCGCCAGAAACCUUCAUUUUCAACUCAAGUUAAUCAAUGCAAUCUGCAAGGUUAUUAAAGUUGAGUUUCGUCUGCUACUAUUUUCCAUUUUCCUAUUUUUUUUUUGUUUUUUUUUCGAUUUUGUUUUGUUUGUUGUGUCCUUCUUCUUUGGUUUAAUUAAAAGUUAAUUUAUUUUAGAUUGCAAGUUCCUAGGUUUAAGCAAUUUGUAUGCAAUUUCGUUUCACUUGUCAAUUACAUGAAUUCCUCUCCAUCAAUUUCCAUAAACCGCUGUCACUUAUCAAUGCAUCCUUGAGCUGGGACGAGGACUUCUGUUCUCCGUUUCGUUCCAUUCCGUUUUCCGAGUCCUGCCACUGGCGUCAAAAGUGA